AUGUCAGGGAAAGUCUUCCACCCCGGUUCCACAGCACUGAUAACUGGAGGAGGUAGUGGUAUCGGUUUCGCCGUUGCUCAACUCUGCCGCACCCAUGGCAUGAAUCUUAUCCUGGUGGACAUCCAUGCCGAAAAUCUGGCAAAAGCUCACGCAGUUCUCGGCGACACUCCGGCAGCCAAGACUAUGACACAUGUCAUGGACGUUUCUGAGCUGUCGUCGUGGGAAUAUCUGCGGGACAAUAUCGCCAACCAGUUUUCGUCAGGAGUUGACCUGUUGAUGUUGAAUGCAGGGGCGAGUUUCCAGGCAAAGAACCCCAGCUAUCCCUGGGGUGAUUUGCUUUACUUCCAAAAGACGUUCGCAACCAAUUUGAAAGGCGUACUCUAUGGAAUAAACACUUUCCUCCCCUCUAUCACCAGUGCCUCUCACGCUCCAAAAGCGAUUGUUCUCACGGGCUCGAAACAAGGAAUAACCAACCCACCAGGAGGAGAUAAUCCGGCUUAUAAUGCCUCGAAGGCUGCUUUGAAAUCCAUUGCUGAGCAUCUCGCUCACGACCUGCAUUCUAAUAAGAACGCCCAUGUUCAUCUUCUAGUUCCCGGCUGGACAUUCACCGGAAUUACGGGCACAUCCGGGCCAAUUGAAGACAAUGCCGCAGCACUUGCCUCAAAGCCCAAGGGUGCGUGGCUUCCAAGUCAAGUUGCCCAGUAUAUGUAUGAGAAAAUGACCCAUGGGAAAUUUUAUAUAAUUUGCCCGGAUAACGAAGUCAAAGAACACUUAGAUAAAGCUCGCAUGUCCUGGGGAGUAGGGGAUAUUACCGAGGAGCGUCCUCCAUUAUCGCGUUGGAAUGAGGAGUGGAAAGAGAAAGCAAAUGAGUGGAUUAACCAAGAGGUAGAGAGGCGAAAAGUGAAUAAUUUGCCUUAG